UCGGCAUGAUCAAUAUACGAAUCUCUAAGUAAAAUAACCUUAUUUUAGUGACUUUAAUUGUUAAAAAUUAUUUUAUUAUUUAUUUUAUGAGUAUAAAUGUUAAAUAUUGAUGUUAUUUGUUGGAUUCAAGUAUAAAGGUUUAGGUAUUGACGUUAAAUGUCAUGUUUAAAAUGAGUAUUUAUAAUUUUAUUUUUAAUAUUGACCGGCAUGAACCGGCACAAACCGAUAUGUGCCACCGGUCGAACCAUUCCACUUGCUAAACCGGCACACUGACAUAAACCGGUUUGACAACCUUGGGACAAUCCGAGUCAAACCCACCGCCACAGUAGGAUUCCUACAAAUAUUGUCAAACUCAUGAAAACAAAUGAUUUAUAGUAACAGUUUUGUUUUAAAAAAAAAAAUUCCUCGCAUGGAUUGUGUGAAUGAGAAUAAGAAUGCACAAUACUAAGCUUAUGUCUUACCUGUUCACGCAACUGGUUGUUAGGUUCAGUCCACCUGUAAACGUAGAAUAGAAGACAAAUGAAAGGUUGGGGAGGAAAGAAAGCUAAAUUUUUUUUCCUUUUGGUGGUAGAAAAAGUCAAAGAGUUAGAGGCAGCCAGUAGCAUCCCAUGACGAAAUAAUGCCCACCAACUCCCCAAAACUUGGUAAUUGACAUCCGAACCUACCCAAAAACCGCAUCUUUCGAUCUUUUCAAGUAAAUAUGCGAAUUCAUCCCACGACCCAUGUUUCAGAGUUAAUGAAAUUUCACGGUCAAGAGAAUUUUGACAUAAGAAUAUAUUUCUUUCCCCACCAAUUUUAAUCGUUUUGUUGACACAGGAAUACCUAGUAGAAUACGCAAAGUUCGAAACUUUAAUGUGUCUAUAUAUAUAUAUAUAUAUAUAUGAUCAUGGUGAUGACGACGAUGAGAGAAGGGAGGGAAGUAUUCAUAAUUUCUCUCUGAUCUUCUUUUCUUUCCUUUCUCCUAGCUUGUUCUUCUCUGUUUGCAGUUGUUCUCCAUUGAAAGGCUGCCUGGAUUUCCUUUGCUGCUCUUACCUCUGCAUCAGCUUCGAUCCUGCCCUGCCUUGCCUCUGUUUCCAGUACUGCUUUUCCUUCUAUAGAAUUCCACCGAAACAGAGCUCCAACUAGGAGUAGCAGGCAGCUCUGAAAAAACCAACAAACCCUUUGUUUCAUUUUUCGUCAUUCUGCGCCUUCUUUCAUCCUAUGUUGGAAAGCAAUCAUCGAAACUAGAGAAAAAGAAGAGAAGAGCCCAGAAAUUGUGAAAUGAAGUACACAUGGAAAUCGAUGAUCUGCGGGUGCUCCACGAACAGAGAGACGAGCCCGCUGCCGGAAUUCGAGGAGAUGAUGAUGAACGAAGAAGCUGAAGAGGAAGAGGAGGACAAGGAUAAGGAGAAGGAAAAGAAGGUUCUGAAACAGACGGCUUCCUUCACGAGACUGUCCCUGUCCGAUUUCAGCAACCCGAAAGUGGCGCUGUGUAUGGAGGACAUCUCCAAUUCCUUGGUCGGGGGUUCGAAGCUGUACGUUUUCUCGUUCGCGGAGCUGAGAGUGAUGACCCAGAACUUCGCCCGGAUUAAUCUGCUCGGCGAAGGCGGGUUCGGCCCUGUUUACAAAGGGUUCGUCGACGACAAGCUCAAGCCUGGGUUGAAGGCCCAGCCGGUCGCUGUCAAGUCAUUGGAUUUGGAGGGGUUGCAGGGCCACAAGGAGUGGAUGGCGGAGAUCAUCUUUCUGGGACAACUGCAGCAUCCGCAUCUGGUGAAGUUGAUUGGGUACUGUUACGAGGAAGAACAGAGGGUGCUGAUUUACGAGUACAUGCCACGGGGAAGUCUGGAGAAUCAGCUCUUCAGAAGAUACACUGCUACACUGCCGUGGUCAACAAGGAUGAAGAUUGCCAUUGGAGCAGCCAGAGGUCUGGCUUUCCUCCACGAAACAGAGAAACCUGUCAUCUACCGCGAUUUCAAAACUUCCAACAUACUCUUGGACUCGGACUACACGGCAAAACUAUCCGACUUUGGAUUGGCAAAAGAUGGACCGGAAGGAGAAGAGACGCACGUCAUCACCAGAGUGAUGGGAACACAGGGCUACGCAGCACCUGAAUACGUCAUGACAGGUCACCUCACGACGAUGAGCGACGUGUACAGCUUCGGGGUCGUGCUGCUUGAACUGCUCACGGGGAAGCGGUCCAUGGACGACGCGAGGCCGUACAGGGAGCAGAGUCUCGUGGAAUGGGCCAGGCCGAUGCUGAAGGACCCAAACAAGCUGGAUCGGGUAAUGGACCCCAGGCUGGAAGGUCAAUACUCUCGCAGCGGGGCUCAUAAGGCCGCCUUGUUGGCCUACAAAUGCCUCAGCCAUCAUCCCAAGCCCAGGCCCACUAUGACCAACGUUGUCGCCCUCCUUGAUUCCCUUCAGGGGUUUCAAGACGAAGACGCUUUUGCUUCCGGCACAUUCGUCUACAUCGUUCCGAACGAAAAUGCGACCGUGAGGCCGGUUUCCGACGACGGAAAGGGAUCAGGGAGUGGCGCCGAUGAGGAAGGAGAAGGGAAGAGAUCAGGUGAUAGUCGCCGGCGCCGGAACCCGCGUCAACACGGAAAUCGGGGGUUGAGACAUCGAAUCAAGCUGCCGUUGUCGCACCUGGUUACGUAUUCGGACCCGACACUUUACGACACGUUUUCGAACGGUGGCGACUCUCCCGUUUCUACCCCAACCAGUUUCAGGAAACCCAAAGAGCAACUUUAGUCCGUAUGUAGAGCGCUGGUUUGGCACCACCUUUUUCAAAUUUCUCCCUUUCCAAUUUUUUUUUCUUAUAAUAGAUCAAAACUUAGCUCUCUUGUUGAAUUGUAUAUAUAUUUACAAUAUUAUAUUGUAUGAGGUAUGCAUUUGUCAAAAUGAAAGAAAAAAUGACACACAUAAAAAAAAUGAAAAAAGACUUCCAACUUGUUCUUUCACUUACUCUUUGUUGUAGGGAUAGAAGUGAUACCUCGGUUUGUUAGACUAACUCCAACCCUGAAAGUGGAAUUUAGCUCCCCAAAUGGCCAAAUAUGGCUUUUUAGCUCCCCAAACCCACUUUUCACUCCAACCCUAUAAAAAGCUAAAUUUAGCUUCCCAUUUCCAUUUUUCAAUUUAUUUCAAUAAACCAUACUUAUUUGA